UGGGUGAACCAAGAAGAUGGGGUGGAGGAGGGAACCAGCGAGGUGCAGAAUGGGCACCUGGACCCCAGCGCCGACUGCCUGUGCCUGGGCAGGACCGUCCAGAACCGAGACCAGAUGAGAGCCAACGUCAUCAACGAGAUCAUGAGCACCGAGCGCCACUACAUCAAGCACCUCAAGGACAUCUGUGAGGGUUACUUAAAGCAGUGCAGGAAGAGGAGGGACAUGUUCAGUGAUGAACAGCUCAAGAUCAUCUUUGGGAACAUUGAAGAUAUCUACAGAUUUCAGAUGGGGUUUGUCCGGGACCUGGAGAAGCAGUACAACAACGAGGACCCCCAUCUCAGUGAAAUUGGACCAUGUUUCCUUGAACACCAAGACGGCUUCUGGAUCUACUCGGAGUACUGUAACAACCACUUGGAUGCCUGCAUGGAGCUCUCCAAGCUGAUGAAGGACAGCAGGUACCAGCACUUCUUCGAGGCCUGCCGCCUGCUGCAGCAGAUGAUCGACAUCGCCAUCGACGGCUUCCUGCUCACCCCCGUCCAGAAGAUCUGCAAGUACCCCCUGCAGCUGGCUGAGCUGCUCAAGUACACGGCCCAGGACCACAG